AUGACUUCUCAUGAAUUGGAAAUUACAACUUUAUAUAUUUACCCGGUGAAAUCUUGUCGUGGCAUCCAAGUGGAUUCAUGGAAAACCAAUAAAUUUGGUUUUAUGUAUGAUAGAUUUUGGAUGAUUGUUGAUGAGAAUUACAAGUUCCGAACGCAACGCGAAUUUCCAAAGCACCAGGAAUCGAUAGAGAAUUAUCACUUCCACUUAACCCAAAAAUCUCUUCAUGUACUACAAAAAGCCGUAGUAUGGUCUAACAAUCUUGACGCGUACGAUUGUGGUGACGAGGCAGCAACCUGGAUCACCGAAUAUAUGGGAGUAUCAUCACGAAUCGUAUACAAAUCCACACAAGAAUUAAGGAACCUUGAAGAAUGCGCGCCAACUGAACAAGUUCUCGGAUUUAAACCGCAGACAGCAUUCGCCGACAAAUUUCCUUUCUUAUUGAUAAGUGAAGAAUCGUUAAGUGAUGUGAACAAUAGAGUGUCGUCACCUGUUAUCAUGCGGAAUUUUCGACCUAAUAUUGUGGUCAAAGGAUGUCGAUUUCCUUUUGAAGAGGAUACUUGGAAAAAAUUUGUUAUUGGUGAAGAUGACGAAAAUUUGUUUUACGUCGCACGUCUUUGUACUCGGUGUAUUGUUACUAACGUAAAUCCAGAGACUGGGGAGAGAAAAAGUAAUGAGGUAUACGAAACCUUACAAUCAUAUCGUAGAUUAGAUAAAAAAUCAAAACACCGACCUUGCAUUGGAGUGCAUCUUGUUCACAAGAAAAUUGGGACGAAAAUAAAUAUCGGCGAUAAAAUUCGUAUAAUCGACUCAAGUUAG